CGCAGUAAGAAUUGGUACCAAGUACUUAACGGAGAUUUCGAGAAACAGCUCGAAAUUUGUCAUCCAUUAGUUUCUAGAAUUUUCCAAAUAAGGUUGACAUAUCUAUAUAUACGUUCAGUAUAUAAACUUAAAAUUUUCGGAGGAGAAGUGAUUAAUUAAUAUUACACAAUGGCUGCUAUGUCUGUUAUUGGAAUUGAUUUUGGAAAUGAAUCUUGUUAUGUCGCUGUUGCAAAAUCAGGUGGCAUUGAAACUAUAGCUAACGAUUAUAGCUUGCGAGGAACUCCAUCAUGUGUGGCAUUUUCUGGAAAGAAUCGUGUGCUGGGUGUUGCUGCCAAAAACCAAUUGGUCACAAAUAUGAAAAACACUGUAUGGGGUUUUAAACGCCUUUUGGGGCGCAGGUAUAAUGAUCCUCAUGUUCAAAAUGAAUUACGUUCUUUGCCAUUUCGAACCGAACAGAGACCUGAUGGUGGCAUUGGAAUUCGGGUACAUUACUUGGAUGAAGAGCAUGUGUUUUCACCUGAACAAGUGACCGCAAUGUUAUUUACAAAGCUUAAAGAAACUUCUGCAAAUGCUCUUCAAACUCAAGUUAAUGAUUGUGUUAUUUCUGUGCCAUCAUACUUCACAAAUGCAGAAAGAAGGGCAUUGUUGGAUGCUGCUUCUAUUGCUGGUCUGAAUGUGUUAAGAUUGAUGAACGAAACAACAGCCACAGCUCUUGCUUAUGGUAUAUAUAAACAAGAUUUGCCAGCUCCAGAGGACAAACCACGUAAUGUUGUAUUUGUCGAUUGUGGUCAUGCAUCAUUACAGGUUUAUUCAUGCGCCUUUCAUCGUGGUAAAUUGCGGAUGAUAGCCUGUGCAUCAGAUCCUCAUUGCGGAGGUCGUGACAUAGAUAUGAUACUAGCAGAACAUUUUUGUAAUGAAUUCAAAUCACGCUAUAGGAUUGAUGCAAAGAGUAAUGCUAGAGCAUACAUUAGACUACUGGCUGAAGUAGAGAAAAUAAAAAAGCAAAUGUCUGCAAACAGUACAAAAUUGCCAUUAAAUAUAGAAUGUUUUAUGGAAGAUAAGGAUGUUCACAGCGAGAUGCAAAGAUCAAUUAUGGAGGAACUAUGUGCUGGUUUAUUCCAAAGAGUAGGGAGAACAUUGAAGAAAUGUUUGGAUGAUUCGAAAUUGCGCCUUGAUGAAAUACAUUCGGUGGAAAUUGUUGGAGGCAGUAGCCGAAUACCUUACAUAAAACAUUUGAUAGAAAGUGUGUUUGGUAAAAGCCCUAGUACUACAUUAAACCAAGAUGAAGCUGUAGCUCGUGGAGCUGCUUUGCAGUGUGCUAUGCUCAGUCCUGCUGUUCGAGUUCGUGACUUUAGCGUGACUGACAUACAGAACUAUCCUGUUAAGCUAGUUUGGGAUGCAAGUGCAGGUGAAGAGGGUGAAAUGGAAGUAUUUCCUGCCUAUCAUGCUGCACCAUUCAGUAAAAUGUUGACCUUUUAUAGAAAAGAACCUUUUGCCAUCAAAGCAGUAUACUCACAUCCUGUACCUUUCCCAGAUCCGUUGAUUGGAUCUUGGACAAUAAGAGACAUUCGUCCAACACCUGAAGGAGAAAGUCAAAAAAUCAAAAUCAAGGUUCGUGUGAAUAUCCAUGGUAUUGUACAUAUAUCAAGUGCAUGCCUCCUAGAGAAACAUCAGAGUAAUGAGCCUGAAGCCAUGCAACAAGAACAAGAAGGUGUUGAAAAUAUGGACCAAGAAAAUUCAAAAUCUGAACCUAAUGGAGGAUCUGGUUGCGCUGGAAAUGAAGAGGUAGGAUUAGGAGAUACAGCCCAAGAGGCUGGGUGGGCACAACGUGUCACACAAUGGUUCAGUUCGGAUAAGAAGAAAGAAAAGAAAAUUACUGUUAAAUCAACUGAGCUCCCUAUUGAUGCUUACACUCAUGGAUAUACCCAAUCGGAUCUGAAUAAUUAUUUUGAACAAGAGUGCAAAAUGAUUUCAUCAGAUAAACAAGAAAAAGAGAGGGCGGAUGCUAGAAAUGCUUUGGAAGAAUAUGUUUAUGAAUUGCGAGGCAAAUUACAAUCUGAAGAUCAAUUGGCCAUGUUUUUACCAGAGCAAGAACGAUCACAAUUAUGCAGCGAUUUAGAUGCAAUGGAAAAUUGGCUGUAUGAAGAUGGUGAAGAUUGUCAAAGACAAAUCUACUUUGAUAAAUUAACUGCACUAAGAACACAAGGAGAACCAGUUAAAGCUCGAAGAUUAGAGUAUGAUUUAAGGCCUUCUGCACUAGAAGAAUUAGGUCAAGCUAUUCAAUUAGGAAGGAAAGCAGUAGAUAUGUGUAACAAUAAAGAUCCUAGAUAUGAUCAUCUGACUGAUAGUGAUAUUAACAAGGUUGCAAUGGCUGUUGAAGCAGCAUAUAAGUGGUUGGAAGAAAAGCGUACAAUAUUGGCAUCAACUCCGAAAACAAUAAAUCCACCAAUCACUGUGCAACAGAUACGUCAAGAAAAGCAGACCUUAGAUCAGGCAAUUAUCCCAAUCUUAAACAAACCAAAACCGAAAGCCCCCACACCGCCUGCGACCCAACAAGCAGAAGAGGAAGGUACUAACAGUAAUGCACAGGGUGAUAAUCAGUCUCCUCCAGAGGACAAAAUGGAUGUGGAAUAAAUUAAGUUUCAUGCUUCACAUAUUUUCACACCCCUAACUUGUUGUUCACAUCCAUAUGCGCACUAUCUUUGUAUUGUGGCUUUAUAAAC